CUCCUCUUCUCCCCCUUUCUUCUGGCUUGCCUCCAAAAGGUCUUUGCUUCUUGUUGAUGACAUUCUCAAGAUGAAACCCCUGGUGGCUACAGUUUUCCUGGUAGCCCUGAUGCAACUUUCUCAGUCCUUCCCUGCCUGGUACCACAGAGGAUGGCUGAGACUGCUAAGGGAAGGGGACAGCUGUGGAAUAUGCAACCUGGAACUCUGCCCCGUGCCUACAGCCUGCCAAGCAGGGACCGUGUUGGACUCAUGUGGCUGCUGUCCCGAAUGCGGGAAUGUGGAGGGGCAGAUCUGUGACUUGGAUGAAGGCAGCCAUUUUUACGGGCAAUGCGGGGACAACCUGGAGUGCCGUUUGGAUGUCCAUGACAUCAAGUCUGGAGAAAUCCCCGAGCCACAAUGUGUCUGCAAGCUGCAGGAGACUGUAUGUGGACCUGAAGGGAAGACCUAUGAGAACAUCUGCCAGUUCCAUGAGGCUUAUGCAGGAAAGGGGAUAAAUGCGAGCAUAAAGCACAAAGGACCAUGCAAAUCGGCUCCUGUUAUUUCUUUGCCACCUCGAGACACCCAGAAUUUCACAGGGAAUGACGUCAUCUUCGGUUGUGAGGUAUCUGCAUAUCCCAUGCCGCACCUUGAGUGGAAGAAGAAAGGAAAUAAGAUGUUUCUGCCAGGAGAUGAUGCUCAUAUUUCAAUACAGGCAAGAGGGGGACCUCGGAAGUACAGUGUGUCUGGAUGGUUACAAAUUCAAGGGAUCAAGAAAUCAGAUGAAGGUGUCUACAUAUGCCAAACAAAAAACAAAUAUGGGUUUGCCUAUUCAUCUGCAAGGCUGAAAGUUAUUGAUGACUCAUCAUUAACUUUCCAGAAUAUUCCUGGCAGCUGGAGCACAAGCGAUGGCACAGAUUACGGAGACGAUUUUGAUUCUGCUGAAGACGAGGAAGAGGCAGAAUAUGAAUCUGGAGACUAUGAAAAAUGAAGCAAGUUUGGAUUGUGUAAGGGGUUGUUACGUGCUGAUGCUUUCAAGUUCAUCCGUUUUGCUUGUGUGAUUUGCACUGUCCUGAAACCUCAUAUUAUCACAACAAAAAUGUGUAUCAAAUUCUAGAAAUUAUCACAGUGCCUAGAAGUAUACAUACCAUUUCAAUCACACUAUUCUAAUUUUAAGCCUCCAUUAUAUUUAUUAUAUUCAGAAUCCUGCACACUGAGAAAAACCAUAGUGGCAAAAGAUAUAAACGUUGCACUUAUCAAGAUCCCUCUACAAUUCCUUGUGUGAGAUAUAACUCUCUGUCAUACAGCUGUAGGGCAGGAUAGUCACAUGAGGACUUCACAGCCACAGUAAGUUUUUGAAGACGGAUGCUACCACAUGAUUGCUGUCCAGAGUGCAACAAGAGUGGGACAAAAAUAACCUGUUAAAAAGUUACAGGAUUUCAGCAGGAAGUUACACUGAUUGGAAGUGCAGUAGUGUGACCAUCCCAAAACAUUUUCACUGCCCUGAUCAGUGGUAAAGGUAAAGGUAAA